AUAAGUCUGUGGGGCUUCAGUAUGUCUAUGGGGUCUCAGUGUAAGCCUAUGGGGUCUCAUUAUAAGUCUAUGGGGGCUCAGUGUAAGUCUAUGGGGUCUCAGCGUGAGCCAACGUAAUCCUUGGGUCCGCCUGUCUUGACACGCACACGUCUGGCAAGUUAAUGCCCAUCCCAUCACCCUUCACCCCCGGCACUCGACGUGAAUUAGUGAGACGCAUCGCGGUAGAUAUCCAUUUAAUUAAUUAUUAUAUCCGUGCUCGCGUUCAGAAAGGCGGGGUGGGGUUAGGGAGGGUUCGGUCACCCCCCACCCGCCACCCAAAGCGCAUGAAGUUAAAAGGCCGAGUGUUUGUCCCGCGGAUGUAGAUGGUCAGGAAGCCGUUGCGUCUGCUGCUUGCUGCAGUUUCGGUCGCUGUCUCUCGUUGAUAACACGGAGAUUAAAUAAAGGGGAAGGAGGGGCAGAUAUUUCCCGGGAGAGGGGGCAAAACAAGAGAACAAGCUAUAUGUAUGUAUUUAUCUAUUCGGAAAGAGACAUUCGUAAAUAAGUUGACCUAAAUCACUCGUCGCACCAACUCCACCCCCUGGGAACACCAGAAGAUCCGUCCCACACGCGCGCUCGCACGCACACGCGGCAGGAUGGACGCAAACAACAGCGGCAUCAUCAUCAGCAGCAGCGGCGGUGGCAACAGGAGCGGGGGUGUGUUAUUGGAGCCGGCCAGCGCGACCCCAUCCCGGGCCGUCUUUGUCUCCCUGUCGGUGAUCAUGGGGGUCACGACGUUCGCCUCGCUGCUGCUCAACGGCCUCGUGGUGGUGGCCAGCGUGAGGUACAAGGAGCUGAGGCAGCCCCUCAACUCGGCGCUGCUCAGCCUCGCGGCGGCCGACCUCGGGAUGGCGCUGGCCGGGGGGCUGCCCAACACCAUCACCAACGCUGUGGGUGGCCUCGUGAUGGGACGCGGCGGCUGCGUGACAGAGGGUUUCCUCAUGUCCCUCUUUGGCAUAGCGGCACUGGACUCGGUGUGCGUGCUCUCUGUGGAGCGCUACGUGGUGGUGUGCCGUCCCCUGGGCGGCCUUCACUUCACGCCGCGCCACGCAGCCCUCGGCCUCGCUGUCGCCUGGCUCUGGGCCCUCGCCUGGACCGUGCCCCCGCUGCUGGGCUGGGGCCGCUAUGGCCCUGAGGGCGUGGGGACCUCGUGCGCGCCCGACUGGGCUGACGAGUCAGUGUCGGGCCGCGCCUACAUCCUGUCAUUCCUCGUCUUCUGCUUCACCCUGCAGCUGCUCAUCAUCGUCUUCUGCUACGGUCGCCUCAUGCUGACCCUGCACCAGGCCCCGAAACUGAGUGGCGGUGCUAGCCAGCGUGCCGAACGCCAGGUGGGCAUCAUGGUGGUGCUCAUGGUGCUCGCGUUCCUCAUCUCGUGGACCCCUUACGCAGCCUGCUCCAUCGCCGUGGCCGUCACGCCGGGACUCAAGCUGAGCCCGCUCCUCGCCACGGUGCCACUGUAUGCAGCCAAGUCGAGCACCGCCUACAACCCGGUGAUCUACAUCAUCCUGAACCGCAACUUCCGCUCGAUCCUGCGCCAGAUGAUAUGUGGGAAAGCGGUGGGGGAGCAGCGCCCUGAAUCCGAGGCCGUGACGAGAGUGGAGACGCUGAGGGCCGUGGAGGGGGCGGGCAACCAGGGAGGGAGCACCGACGAGGGGGCCCCCCACACCACAUCCAGCGUCUAGACCCCCCCCCCAUUAUCAUCUCUACCAUACAGGACCCCGAUUAACGCCUAUAUCAUAGAAACCACCCAUUAUCACCUCUAUAAUAUAAGCCCCCCAUUACCACCUCAAUAAUAGAGACCCCCCCAUUAACACCUCUAUCAUACAUGCCCCCUAUUAUAUUAUCACCUCUAUAAUACAAGCCCCCCAUUAACACCUCAAUAAUAGAGGCCCUCCAUUAACACCUCUACCAUACAGGCCCCCCAUUAACAUCUUAAUGAUACAGUCCCCCAUUCAACCCUCUACCAUACAGGCCCCCCAUUAGCACAUCUAUAAUACAGGCCCUCCAUUAAGACCUCAAUAAUAGAGACCCCCAUUCACUCCUCUACUAUACAGUACCCCCAUUAAGACCUCUACCGUACAGGACCCACAUUAACACCUCUACUAUACAAGCCCCCCAUUAACCGCUCUACCGUACAGGCCCCCCAUUAUCACCUGUAUCAUAGAGACCCCCCAUUAACACCUCUAUCAUACAGGCUCCCUGUUAUCACCUGCAUAAUUCAGGCCCCCCAUUAACACCUCAAUAAUAGAGGCCCCCCAUUAACAUCUCUAUCAUAUAGGCCCCCAUUAACACCUCUACCAUAGAGGCCCCCCAUUAACACCUCUACCAUACAGCCCCCCCAUUAACACCUCUAUAAUAUAGACCCCCCAUUAACACCUCUAUCAUGCAGGCCCCCAUUAACCCCUCUAUCAUACAGGCCCCCCAUUAACACCUCUAUCAUACAGGCUCCCUGUUAUCACCUGCAUAAUUCAGGCCCCCCAUUAAUACCUCAAUAAUAGAGGCCCCCCAUUAACAUCUCUAUCAUAUAGGCCCCCAUUAACACCCCUACCACACAGACCCCCCAUUAACACCUCUACCAUACCGCCCCCCCAUUAACACCUCUAUAAUAUAGACCCCCCAUUAACACCUCUACCAUACAGGCCCACAUUAACCCCUCUAUCAUACAGGCCCCCCAUUAACACCUCUAUAAUACAGGCCCCCCAUUAAAACCUCAAUAAUAGAGCCCCCCCGUUAACCCCUCUACCAUACAGCCCCCCAUUAAUACCUCUAUAAUACAGGCCCCCCAUUAACACGUCAAUAAUAGAGGCCCCCCUUUAUCCCUCUACCAUACAGGCCCCCCAUUAACACCUCUGUCAUGCAGGCCCCCCAUUUACACUUCUACCAUAAGGCCCCCCCAUUAACAUCUCUACUAUACAGCCUCCCAAUUCAACCAUCUACCAUACAGGCCCCCCAUUAUCAACGCUAUCAAUGAGGCCCCCCAUUAUCACUUUUAUUGUAGAGGCCCCUCAUUCAACCCUAUACCAUACAGGCCUCCCAUUAUCACCUCUAUAAUACAGGCCCCCCCAUUAACAUCUCAAUAAUAGAGGCCCCCAUUCACUCCUUUACUAUACAGGCCCCCCAUUAGCACGUCAAUAAUGAAGGCCCCCCAUUAACACGUCUGUCAUACAGGCCACCCAUUUACACCUCUAUCAUAGAGGCCCCCCAUUAUCACCUUUAUCGUAGAGGCCCCCCAUUCAACCCUAUACCAUACAGUCCCCCCAUUAAAACCUCUGUCAUACAGGCCCGCCAUUUACACCUCUACCAUACAGGCCCCCCAUUAACCCUUCUAUCAUACAGGCCCCCAUUAUCACCUGUAUCAUAAAGGCCCCCCAUUAACACCUCUACCAUACAGGCCCCCCCAUUAACCCCUCUACCAUACAGGCCCCCCAUUAACACCUCGACCAUACAGGCCCCCCAUUAGCACCUCAAUAAUAGAGGCCCCCCAUUAACACCUCUUUCAUACAGGCCCCCCAUUAAUACCUCGAUCAUACAGUCCCCCCAUUAACACCUCGACCAUACAGUCCCCCCAUUAACACCUCUACCAUACAAGCCCCCCAUUCACACCUCUAUCGUACAGGGCCCCCUUUAACACAUCUACCAUUGAGGCCCCCCAUUAACCCCUUUACCAUACAGGCCCCCCAUUAACCCCCUCUACCAUACAGGCCCCCCCAUCAACAGCUCUACCAUACAUGUCCCCCAUUAACACCUCUACCAUAUAGGCCCCUCAUCCCCGAUUAUCAACUCUACCAUAUUGCCCCCCCCCCCCCAUUAUCACCUCUACCAUACAGGACCACCCAAGCUAUGUGAUAUUUCCUAAGGGUUUCAUUGACCCCUGUGUCUGAGAUAUCUGCCCCCCCCCCCUCCACCACGUGUUGAUCACGAGUUGUUAAGAAACGAAGUUUUGUUCUGGCUGCUUUUCCCACGUGCCUGAAUCAUUCUCUCUUUUAAUUAUCGUUUGAAUCAUUCCCUCUCUCUCUGAUUCUCAUUAUCUCUCACUCGCAGAAUCAUUCUCUGAAUCAAUCUCUCUGAAUCAUUAUUUGUUUGGAUAAUUACUUCUCUGCAUCAUUAUGUCUGUGUUUGUGCGUGUGAAUUAAAACUAUGUACGUUACGAGUUCGGCAUUAUAAGUAUUACAUUAUAAUAUUAUCACGAUUCAGAAUUUACUUAUUGAUUAGUUCACUGAGUAAUGAUCUUGCCACAGCCAAUAAAAAAUAAUAGUGACGCUGGUUAGGGUUAUGGAGCAACUCUCAAGGCCAGAUUUAGCCACACUUACCUACUCUCUCACUCACCGGCUCACUCACUCGCUCACCUGCUCACCCAUUCACUCACCCAC